AUGGAACUGGAGGCCAUUGUGGAUCAGUUAGCGACGCCAGGAAAGGGCAUCACCGCCACGGACGAGGGCGCCGGCACCAUCGGCAAUAGAUUCGAGGCUGUGGGCAUCGAGAACACCGAGGAAAACAGGCGAAUUUACCGACAGAUGCUGUACCAGACGGACGGCGUCGAAAGGUAUUUGAGCGGGGCAAUCCUGGAUCCAGAGACCGUCUACCAGAAAAAUGAUGCAGGCGUUCUCUUCCCAGAGGCUCUGUCCCUGUCGGGCAUCGUGCCAGGCGUGAAGCCUCACCUCAAGGCGCCCAGCCGAAGUUCGGAGGAUGAGCAUCAGGUAACGGUCCUCAGCCUAAGCGGGGGUGAGAUCGCAAAGCUGAUCGCCACACCGCAGACAUCCAUUCAGGAGAUGAAGGAGGAGCUCUCAACGAAGACAGGGCUGUCGGUGAUGCUGCAGGCCCUGACUUACCAGGACCAAGCGCUCAACGAUUCGCAGACCUGCCAGCAACUGGGGUGGACUGGACCCGUGUCUGUUUACAUGGUGGCCAAGAGUGUCGAUUUCGACGGGCGCAUCGCUUUGCUUAGGGAAGAUAAGGCCGGAUUGAAAGAGACGGAGAUUCGAGAGGUCUGCGCUUUGGCACAGGACAUCUUCAUGAAGCAGCCCGUCCUCCUGGAGCUCCAGCCGCCCUUGGUGGUCUGUGGUACGACCAGCUCCUGCAUCGACCAGCUGAACGAGAUCAUCACCAGGUGUGGCGAGCCAGGGCCUGCGAAGUACCUUUUCCUGGGGAACUACGUGAGCAAAGGUCGAACAAGAUCUGCCGUGGAGAAGAGUGGCAUAGACCUCGUGAUCCUUCUCUACUGUUACAUGUGCAAGCACCCGGACCAAGUCUUUCUGCUCCGUGGUCGGCAGGAGUGCUCAAGCCUCAGUCGGAUAUACGGCUUCUAUGACGAGUGCAAGCGCAGGUACAACGUGAAGCUGUGGAAGCGCGUUGUAGAAACAAUGAACUGCAUGCCACUUUGUGCUCUGAUUCAGAGCCGAAUCUUUUGCGUGUCGUCUGGGCUUUCUCCGGAGCUUCGCACGCUGGAUCAAAUCAACGAGAUUGCCCGCCCCACAGACGUUCCUGACCACGGUCUAAUUUGCGACCUGUUGUGGUCUUCGCCAGAGACUGACGUCAACGGGUGGACAGAGAUGGACAAGGGUGUGUCCUACUGCUUUGGACAAGACAUUGUGGAGAAUUUCCUCAAGCAGAACCAGCUGGAUAUGAUCUGCCGAAGUGGUCAAGUGUGUGAAGCUGGCUAUGAGUAUUUUGCAGAUCAGAAGCUUGUUACGGUCUUUAGCUGUGCCAAGUACUGCGGGGAAUUCGACAAUGCGGGUGCUGCUGCUCGGCCUUUCCAGACAGCAGAUACUACCCAACAUCACAAUCAGAAUGUCAUUGCUAUUCAUAACAGUCAUCACUGCUAUGACUACCCUAGGGACCACAUGAACCCUAAAACUGGAAUCAUGUACACCUUUUCUACUUGUGUUCCUACUCAUGUAUAUGGACCCUAA